CGAUCCCACGCCAAGCAAUUAAUGUGUGCUUAUCAGUUAUCCUACUCAACUCUAUUUCAAAGCAUCUUCAUUUCUGCGGCAGACUAAAGUUUGUGUUGAUAACGGUGUAACAAGUGAUUUGUUAUUGUAUAUCAUUUCUGCAUUUGAAAGUUUAUGCAGAGCAAAUUCGUAACUCUCAAUUUUUGUGUAGUCUCGGCUAUGAAUGUAAAGUUUACGGUAUCCUUUUAACAUCUGCAUCAUUUAUUACUUUUAUGGGUAAAUCAACUGUAGUGAAAGUGAAAGUGAAUGAUCAUGUGGGUAGGCUAAUAAUAUUAGAAACAAUUGAUUUAUUUUCAUCCAUUUGGAAACAUUGGUUUUCAAUCCAAGCGCCUUUUUGAGUUGACGCACUAUCGAAAUAAACCAUGGAUGAAUAAAAAAUGUUUAAAACUGUUUAUUAAACGUAAUUAACUCUGCUGAUAAGGUGUGCAAACUCCUCUGAAAAAUUUCGGCUCUUCAUUGAUUUAAUUUUUCUCUAAAUCAACGAGAACUCUUUUCAGAGACUAUAUAUAAAACUGGGAAAGAGAUUCUGGUCCAUCAAAAAGUUUUGUGACAAGACACUAAAUCAAUACAACUUCCUUGACGCCACCAGGAAAAAACCUCUUGAAAAUGGAAGCAAUGUACAUUACGACGUGAUAAUUGACAAAUCAGAGUAUUUCCUGUGAAUCUAAUUUCGACUGUUAGUUGGUUUUGAAAAUACGUUUAAAACUGUUUAUUAAACGUAAUUAACUCUGCUGAUAAGGUGUGCAACCUCCUCUGAAAAAUUUCGACUGUUCAUUGAUUUAAUUUUUCUCUAAAUCAACGAGAACUCUUUUCAGAGACUAUAUAAAACUGGGAAAGAGAUUCUGGUCCAUCAAAACGUUUUGUGACGAGACACUAAAUCAAUACAACUUCAUUGACGCCACCAGGAAAAAACCUCUUAAAAACGGAAGCAAUAUACAUUACGAUGUGAUAAUUGACAAAUCAGAGUAUUUCCUGUGAAUCUAAUUUCGACUGUCACUUGGUUUUGAAACGUUUUACCUCCGAAAAAAAGAAGAUGGAGGGAAAAAUGUCCGUCCUCGAAAGCAUAAAAUCCGGGCUUCUCCCAGCUUUGGUUGAGCAGGGAAAAUUCGGAGCCGAUCAAGUUGAGUUCAUCGAUUUCGUGUGCGACGACAAAAUGAGCGCCAGUUCCUCCUACCAAUCGACGAUUUUUUUCGGAGACAUAGUCACGAACUCAAAAGCCGGCGACUCGUGUGUCCGAAGCAUAGUGAUUAAAACCUUACCCGAGCACAUCUUCAACAACCAGCCAUCGGGCUCCCUGGAGUGGGAUUACUUCCUCCAAUUCCAAAACGAACUCUUGUUCUACACCGAGGUCAUUCCUCUGCUCACCGAAUGUGACUCCGACGAGGUGAUCGCAAAACUGUUCCCGAAAUUCUUCCACGCAUCUAUCAAGCGCAACGGCUCGAGUACGGACAACAUUCUAAUCUUAGAGAACGUCCAAAAAUUAGGAUUCAAGCUCCACGACUCCAAAGCCCUCAUCGACUACGACCACAUAAAACUCACACUUGAGUGGUUAGGCAAAUUCCACGCGCUUUCCCUCGUCUGCAAGAAGCGGUUUCCGGGACGCUUCCGAGAUGUCUGCGCCAAAAUUUCCGAAGCCGCAUGGACGGAGGAGCGAAUCGUAAGAAACCCCGACGCUUUCUACGUGGAGAACUGCAAACGAGGGAUUCGACCCCUUCGCGAGGACCCGAAAUAUCGCGAUAAAUUAAGGGAAAUCACGGACGCGAUCCGAAAAGCGGAUCUCAUGAUGGCGAAAUUGGUGGCGCCUGUCGAGCCCCUAGCGGUGAUUUGCUUGGGUGAUUUUUGCAGGAACAACAUAUUCUACAGGUGCGACGCGGAGGGCAAGCCCUCGGAUACGAUGUUCUUCGACUUCGGGACGUUCCGCUACGCCUCGCCGGUUGUAGAUAUGUCUUUUUUCCUCUUUAUGAAUUCGUCUCCGGAGUUUAGGUCUCUUCAUUGGGAUGAGAUGCUCCGAACGUACCACUCGGCUUUGGUUUCGAAUCCCGAUAUCGAUAUUCGGGAGGCUCCCACGUUGGGGGACGUGAUUUUGGAUUUUCGGAGGAGGGGGCUCUACGGAUACGUGCAUGCCGCGUUUUUUCUGCCGUACAUGUUGCGGCGGGAAAACGAGGAUGAAGACUUUGACUGGUACUCGCUGAGCGGUGAGGAUUUGAUCAAACGCAAUGUUUCGAUUGGUGGCGAGAGAGCUACUGGUUACGUUGCAGAUAUUGUGAAGCACAUGAUUGACAAACAAUUUGAUUUUAAAUUCGUUGAAAUUAUAGAAACGAAAUUUGAAAAAAAGCUUUAAAAGAACUCUUUAAGUUUCGUUAUACUCUCAAUUUACAAAUUGCAUUCAAAAUUUUAGAUUCACACACUGGAAAAAAAGUAGCUUGGAUCUAAAAUGGAAAAAAAACACAUUAGAUCUAGAGUCCAGACUCUCAAAAACAUCGA